CACCUCAAAAUUCCAACAACAAUCUCUUUUCAGCUCAAAAUUACGCAAAGCCUCCGUCCAACUCCCUCAAAACAAAUCCUAUAACACAAUCUACAACCCCAAAGCAAGACAUGCAAGCCUGAUACAGAUCCUCAAGCCCCAGCUUCCCUAAAGCCUUUCCCUCCUUCCUCCAGCAUCCAUCUCUAAUAGACCAGUCAACCUCAAUAGUUGAUGAUUUCAAGAUGGUCAAAAGUAUCGACUCUGUUGGUAAAUAUGAUGAAUCAAGAGCCAAGUCUAGUAAUAGCAGAGAAAGGAUGGGGAAUACAAUUAUUAAGAGUUUUAGAGGGAAAGAUGACUCCUGAAAACAGAAGGAACAGGAAAUUAGUCAAAAAGAGGAGAUUGAGCAGAAGAAAGAUGGUAGAGAGGUGAAGCAUGAUUUUGAGGAAGAAAAGGAGACUAGUUAUGAUGUGAAGUUUACAGAUGUCAGUAAAGAUCAUCCUAGCCAUCCUAAAAUUCUUGAAGAAAAGUGUUUAAAUAACCAGGCUUACUCUAAGCCCCAAAAUUUUAAGAGGCAAUCUAGAAUGCACAAAAGAUAUUUCUCAAAGAAUAUUGAAAGUUUUGUGUCGAAGAUGCCAAACUAUCAGUCAAGAUCUGAUAACUCCUUGAGCUGAAGUCCUAUUCGGGGUACAAAAUACUACAACUGUAGGUUUAAAGGAAUUUCUAAGAUCUCUACUUACAUUGGAUGUACUAUUCAUGAGUACAAACUCCCAAAGGAUGGACGAUGCAAGAAAUGUAAAGGAUUUGCUAUCCACAAGAGCAAAUUUUAUAAAGGCAAGUUUCUUAUCCAGCAUGUAAAGAGCAGCAAGUAUCUUAAAUGAAUCGCAUUUGGAGCAAUAGAAAAACUCAUUGGAGUGAAACCAGAUGAUUUUGACCCUGCUAUGAUGAGUGAUAUUAAACAAAAACUAAUAACUGAGAAGGAAAAUAGCUCCACAAAGCCAUAUUUCUGCUUGAAACUUAUCCAACCCUUGACCAACAAAGAGGAAUACAUUAUUGCUAAUGUAAAAACUAACUGCUAA